AUGGCAACAAGCUUGUUAGACCAAAGGAAUGCUGACGGUCGGACUCCUCUCGAAUUAUCCGCCAUACUGGGCCGUGUCGAAAUGAUCAGUGUGUUGCUACAAUUCGGAGCCAAUGUUAAUUUGGCAAACUGCGGAGGCUACACACCAGCUCAUUAUGCCGCAGCCUGGGGUCAGACCCAAAUCCUCAAGUUACUUAUUGAAGCAAAAGCUGAUCUUACCCUAACCAACAGUAUUGGUGAGACACCGCAUCAAAUGGCGUUGCGUUAUGGUCAGAUGGAAUGCAUAGACUUUAUUGACUGGAUAGAAGCAAAAACUAAUCUGGAAUUUACAAUUAAAAGAAUGCAAGAGCGUCUUACAGAAUCUGAAAGGCGACCGACCAAGGAAGAAAAGAAUCUGGUGUUAAAUGCUUGCAAAGAGAAACUGGCCUGGCUUGAAUCUGUCACUAUGCCAACCACACAAGACUUUAUUGUGCAACAAGAAUUAUUAGAAGCUGCUCUUAAUCCAGUCAUAGCAAAACUGCUGUCUCACUAUGUAUCAGAAAAGAAAUAA